CUCUGCAUCCAGCUUGGCUGGAAAGCCAAAUAUGGCUGCUUUGAUGUGCUUCCACUGGUCCUGCAAGCCAAUGGUCAAGACCCAGAAUUAUUUGAAUUGCCGCCAGAGCUCAUCCUGGAGGUGUCGAUGGAGCAUCCCACAUAUGAAUGGUUUAAAGACUUGGACUUGAAGUGGUAUGCGGUCCCAGCUGUGUCUAAUAUGCUCCUUGAAAUUGGUGGGUUGGAAUUUACAGCUUGUCCUUUCAACGGCUGGUACAUGGGGACUGAGAUUGGGGUACGGGACUUCUGCGACGCCCGGCGCUACAAUAUUCUUCAGGAAGUGGGGAGAAGGAUGGGCUUGGAAACAAAUAAACUCUCUUCGCUGUGGAAAGACAAAGCCGUCGUAGAGGUUAACGUUGCCGUGCUCCAUAGUUUUCAGAAGCAAAGCAUCACCAUCAUGGACCACCAUUCUGCUGCUGAAUCAUUCAUGAAAUAUAUGCAGAAUGAAUAUCGGAUCCGCGGUGGGUGUCCGGCAGAUUGGGUUUGGCUGGUUCCUCCCAUCUCCGGUAGCAUUACGCCUCUCUUCCACCAGGAGAUGUUGAAUUACAUUAUUUCACCAUUCUAUUAUUAUCAGGUGGAUGCAUGGAAAACACAUAUCUGGAAAGAUGAGAAACACAAGCCAAAGAAAAGAAAAAUCAGAUUCUGCAUAUGGGCCAAGGCCGUGUUUUUUGCAUCCUUGUUGAUGCGAAGAGCCAUGGCAGUCAGGAUCAAAGCAACGGUGCUCUAUGCCACAGAAACGGGGAAAUCAGAGACUCUAGCUCGAAAGCUGGGUGACAUGUUCAAUUGUGCCUUCAGUACCAAGGUUACCUGUAUGGGUGAUUACAACCUAAGAGACCUUGAGAAGGAAACUCUUCUUCUGGUGGUCACCAGCACUUUUGGAAAUGGCGAUGCCCCAAGCAAUGGCAAAACUCUGCAGAAUGCCCUCUUGUCUAUGAAACAACUGAGUAACAAAUUCCGGUAUGCAGUUUUUGGCUUGGGUUCAAGCAUGUAUCCAGAAUUCUGUGCCUUUGCCCGUCUUGUGCACCAAAAACUUGCACAGUUGGGGGCAUUUCCAAUCAGCCCAAUGGGUGAAGGAGAUGAACUCAAUGGGCAAGAAGAAGCUUUUCGGAACUGGGCCAUUCUUACAUUUCAGACGGCCUGUGAAACUUUUGAUAUCCGCGGAAAGCACAGGAUCCUGUUACCAAAAGAAUAUACAUGUAAAGAAACCUGGAACCCCAAGAAUUUUAGGAUUGUAUAUGACUCUCAGCCGUUGGCUUUAGAGAAAGCACUUGGUGAUAUUCAUGGGAAAAAUGUAGUUCCACUGAUCCUCAAAUUUCGGCAGAAUCUUCAAAGUUCACAGUCCAGCCGUGUUACCAUGCUAAUUAAACUUUCCUGUGAAACCAAUCAGGAAAUCAACUAUCUCCCAGGAGACCAUCUUGGGAUCUUCCCUGAAAACCAAAAAGCUUUGGUUGAUGGCAUCAUAUCCCAUGUUGCAGAUGCUCCUCCAUUCAAUGAAAUCAUUAGACUGGAAGCAUGCUGUGAUCGUGACUACUGGACUCCUUACAAAAAGUUUCCAGCAUGUACACUGGCACAAGCUUUGAUGCAUUUCCUUGAUGUAACCUCUCCUCCUUCCCAGCAGUUGCUAAGAUCUUUUUCCCAGCUGGCAAAAGAUGAAAAUGAGAAGGAAAGGCUGAAUCUCUUGUGUCAUAAUUUGGAGGAAUACAACAAGUGGAAAUUUUACAACAGCCCUACUAUCUUGGAAGUCCUGGAGGAAUUCCCAUCCAUCAGGAUCUCAACAUCCUUUUUACUCUCUCAGCUGCCUUUACUCAAGCCCAGAUAUUACUCGAUCAGUUCUUCGCAGGAUUGGGAGCCUCAGGAAUUACAUUUGACUGUGGCAGUGGUGACCUAUAGAUCUAAAAAUGGAAAAGGUCCAGUGCACCAUGGGGUUUGCAGUACUUGGCUGAACACGAUGGACCUGAAAAAGACAAUCCCCUGUUUUAUUCGCAGUGCUGAUGGAUUUCGACUUCCAAAGGAUCCAAGGAAACCCUGUAUCCUGAUUGGUCCCGGCACAGGAAUUGCUCCUUUUAGAAGCUUCUGGCAACAACGACUUUUUGACUUAGAAAAUAAAGGGAUCCAAGGGAGGGGUCUGAUCCUGCUGUUCGGCUGCCGACACUCCAACCUGGACCACCUCUAUCGAGAAGAAAUGGCGGAGAUGCAUCAGAAAGGGAUUCUCCAAGCGGUCUACACAGCUUACUCCAGGGAGCCUGGGAGUCCCAAAAGGCAGAAACGCUACAAGGAGGACAUAUUUGGAGCAACGUUUCCAAAGGAGAACCAAAGAAACAUGGAAGAAAUAAAAACUGAAAGACCCACAGAAGUCUUGGAAUCUCAAGCCCAGCUAAAACUUUAG